CCAAACCAAAAGUGACGUGGAAUGGGAGGCUCGUACCAGACGGUGGAAGGAUUCGCGUCCCAAUCACAUUCUCAACUUCUGGGGAAAAGUUUAUUAAAGAAGCAUUCGUAUGUGAAGGCUCAGAUGCAGCUGAAAAAAUGAUGUUUUCCUGCAUAAUACCAGGGUAUUUCUUGCCGGCGACUACUGGAUGGUUAUACCGAUCCAGAGAGAUUUUCACAUUUACCACUGAGAACGUGGAUAAACUGAUUUCCUGUACAUGUAGCGUCUCCUAUUCGUCUCUUUGGACCGAAACAUCAUUGUUUUACUUAACCUCACAAGGUAAACACUUGAACAUUUCAAUUUAAAAACACUGCAAGGUAUGUCGUAAAUGCUACGUCUACAGAUAUUGUUUGGACGAAUUAAAUCAAUGGUGUGUUUAAAUCAGGGGUUUGUACCGAAGCUUGGAGCUGGAGCUGAAGCCUUUGGAGCAGGGCCAUUUUGCCCAGAGCUAGAGUUCUUGCUUACUAAGGCCUUUCAACCCCGUCUGGGGCAUAGGCCGUCUACAAAAACUUUCCACUCCUCACGGUCCUGUGCUUUCCUUUCCAAUUGCUUCCAAGGUGUAUCCCAUAUUUUGCGUGUCAGCCUCUAGCUUUCAUCUGCAUGUAGUCAUAGGCCUUCCUCUCUUUCUUUUUCCCUGUGGGUUCCAUGUUAGGCAUUGUCUGGUGGUGCUAUCUAGGGUGUUUUCGGAGCGUAUGCCCUAUCCAUCUCCACCUUUUCUUUAUAAUGUCUUCAUCAAUGGGCGCGUGGUGGGUCCUUUCUAGUAGAUCUUUGUUAUUGAUAGUAUUGGGCCACUUGAUUUUCAGGAUCUUUCUAAGGCAUAUGUUAAUGAAUGUCUGCAGUUUCUGCAGAGCUGGUUAAUUUUUUCCUAAAAUGAUAAUUUUCUUAAAGAUGUUAGUACUUUUUUUUUAAAAUAUUAAAAUUGAUGAACCUUUUUUCUAAAGGUAUGUUGGCCCAAUCUUCUACAGCUAUUUUGACCCAAUCUUCUACAGCUAUUUUGCCCUACUUUUACCAGUCAUGUUGCCCUACUUCUACCAGCUAUGUUUCCCUAUUUCUACCAGCUAUGUGGCCUUAUUUCUACCAGCUAUGUUGCCCUACUUCUACCAGUUAUUUUGCCCUACUUCUACCAGCUAUGUUGCCCUACUUCUACCAGUUAUUUAUCCCUACUUCUAAAGCCGUUUUGCCCUACUUGUACCAGCGAUUUUGCACCACUUCUAAAGCGGGGUCGCCCUACUUGUACCAGCUGUUUUGUCCUAAUUCUAAAGCCUUGUUGCCGUACACUACCACAUUUUAUGUGGUUGGUACAUACACCUCCAGUGCAUUGUUGAUGUGAUGGGUAAAUGGCAAUAAAAAACACAUUAUGUUUAAGACUUAGCAUCCUCUCAACCACGCCAGAGCUGACAAAAACAAUUUCAUGAGCGGAGUAUUGCAAAAAACAUCUGUUGCAAAUAGGUUGUUUAAAACUACAUUAUUUUAAUACAUUUCAUUAUAAUAGUUACAGGAUAAUUCAUGUACAUCUACCAAACAAUUCAUUUAACAUGUGAUAACCUUGGCUGUGUCUGACUUUUUCACAACAGCUGACAUCAAGAAGGGACUAAUGGGAAUGUCGAUGUCUCUUCUGUCAUCUGUCUUGACCUCAGU